GCGACUGUUUCACGGUCUCUCUAGUCAAAACAACACAUAAAUGAGGCGAUUAAAUAAUUUAGUGACUUUCUUCACAGCCAUAACUGCCUUCUUCUUCGGUAGUUUCAUCACAAAGAUACUCAGCUCCGUAGACCAAUGUCCGGCGCACCGCAGCAGAAUCCCCCACCUGGAGCCGCACCCGAACCUCUUCCUUAUGGUGUUGGUGCUCAGCGCACCGCACAAUGCCGAUGAGAGAAACGCGAUACGGAGCACCUGGCUGGCAAAUGCCGGCCAAUCCCUCACACAGCCCUACCUGCCCGAGGAGCUGAUUUAUCUUCCGACAUUCAACGCCCAGGGCCACUUGCAGGUGGAGCUGGUGGCGGAGCAGGCGAGCCGGCUAAGGCAGUACACGAAUUGGCAGCAAAGUCUGCUGACGGAAGAUCCUCCAAAGACCAAAAGGCUGAUCACCGUGAAGCACGUAUUUUCCAUCGGCACGCUAGAUUUAAGCAGCUCGGCGCUGGCGGAGCUGGAGAAGGAGCAGAAGCAGCACAACGAUCUCUUGCUGUUAAACCAGCACCAUGACACAUACAGGAAUCUUACGGCGAAGCUCAUGCAGUCCCUCGAUGUCCUGAGACGCCACUACGAGUUCUCGUAUGUGCUGAAAGUGGACGAUGAUACCUAUGUUAAGCUGGACAGUCUGGUCAAUACGCUGGUUUCCUACGAUCGCAAGUUGCUGCGAAAGAGGUCGGAGUAUAGGGACCAUGUGUUGCCUCAGCUUUAUUGGGGUUACUUUAACGGCCGAUCCACAAUUAAAACGAAGGGCCAGUGGAAGGAGUCCAGUUACUACCUUAGCAAAAACUACCUGCCGUAUGCACUGGGCGGGGGAUACGUUCUGUCCCGAAGUCUGUGUGACUACAUUGUCAAUAACUCUCAACUGCUGUCGCCCUAUGGGUCCGAGGAUGUCUCCGUUGGCACCUGGCUCGCCCCACUGCGUCACGUCUAUCGGUGGCACGAUCCCAGAUUCGACACCUCCUACGCACCGCGCAAGUGUCGGUCCUACCACAUGGUGCUGCACAAACGCAGUGGGCAGAUGAUGAGGGACAUCCAUGACGGUGAACUCUGCAGUGGCAUUGGUUCGAGCAUAUUGUCCGAUUACUAUUACGAUUGGACGAGAACAGCGGAUAAAUGCUGCGACAGCUUAGUAGCGUAGCAGUAUCAUGGACAGACUAACCAGCGCUGAACUGGCAAUUUGAUAGGAUCUUCCCUUCCUUCACGACCAGCUACCACGACUCAGCCGGCUGUGCAGAGCUCCUCGCUGUGCUUUGCAUUUGCAGCCGAAGAGCAUCCUCCACUGCGAUGGCCAAGAAGCAACACUCGUUUUGUGGCUAGUGGGGCACGUUUGCAUGCGUAGAAGUAGUUUGAAAUGUCGAGACUGCAAUGGCAGGACAUAAUUCCACAAGACAAGGUAAACAAUUAGCAUGGACACUUAGAAGAACUUAACGCCGUGGCUGCCGUCCAUCUCGAUCAGCUCACACCUGCCCUUUUCCUCCAGCAACCGGAGGGCACUGAGCAGCACCGCCUCGUCCACGCCGUGAAAGUCCAGGUGAGAGGUGUUCUCGCCGGAGGCGAUCUCGUACAGCGUGCAGAUGGUGUUCGUCUGGCCCGUUUCCUGCACCCAGUCGUACACCAUGUUGCCAUACUCCUCGAGUGUGAACCAGUACACCUGCCACUCCUGGCGUCGCUUGUCCAGUGGAUUCGCAUGCCCGCUCCGCUCCAGCUCGCCCAGGAUGGCCAGGACGAGCUCUGGCGAGAGGCGGCGCUUCAGGGAUUCGUUGUGAAACAGCGGCGAGUUCUGGUCCCCAAUGCUGAGCGUAAACCUAUUCGUGUGCCUGAGGUAUUUGAGAAAGAGAUCUGUCCAGACCUUCAGCUGCUGCUGCCUGGUUUCUUCGUGGGGCUGUAGUCUAAUAUCCGGGGGUUAGUCGAGUGAUGGAGCAUCUUAUGGUCGGAACUCACGUAAAGAAGGGUGGGAAGGUGUACUCCCAGGGCCACUGGAACUCCGUCAUUCUAAUAAACUACGAUCUAAACAUUUGUUUUUCCAAUGUAAGAGAUUACUAAUAGCUUAGAGUGACCAUAUGCGUCAAAUAACAAAAUACCUUAUUAUUCAAAAACCAUUCAAAAAUAUUAAAAAAUUCGUUACUUUUUUAA